AUGUCUGCCAGACUCAGAGUCAUACUGCAAGAAGAAAUACGCAAGCUUUCCUUGCCCUCAGGAAUACCUCAGACUGUAGAGGAAUUGAAGCAUAUUGUACAAGAGACUUUUGCAAUUGAACAAGAUUUUAGUUUGCAGUUCCAGGACCAAGAUUUUAAUGGUCAGUUUUUUACUCUCCUUGAAACUGACGAAAUAAAGGACAAAGACACCAUCAAGGUGGUUCUUGCUGAACCAGUGAUCACAUUAACAUUGCAGGAUUCUUCAAAUGAUCAAGGAGCCCAGGGGAGCUUUGAUAGCAUUUGCACCGAGUUAUUGGAAGAUGUUGGUUCCUGCUCCACUGCAUCCAGUGAUACCAUAAUUCUGUCUUCUCCAGGGAGAACCUCCUCCCUUCGUAAUGUGCCUUGGCCAGCUCAGUUUGAAAUACCUACCUUCUCCCUUGACACUGAGCUCAUUCUACAAGCAGCAAAUGAAGCUAACAGAAAGGAUGGAACCUUACUUUGCAAUCCUGCAGUAAAAUCCAACAUUCUGGACAAACUAGCAGAGAGCAUCUUUGUCUACACAGCCUAUCCUUCAAGUGCACAAAGGGAGCAGGUUGCUGAAGCCCUGGUUAUGAAACACCCAUGUUUGAGGGACCCAGUAUCCUUCAAUGGUUUAUAUAGUUGGCACAACAGCCUGAAGUACAAACUUGGAAAUUACAGAGCAAAGGUGAAACACCUUGGAAUACCAGAGCUAAAUGUAAACUGUCUCAAGAGAAAGUUAGCUGCAGAUAAAACUCCAGCAAAAAACUGGAAAAAAGCAAAGAAAUCUGAGGUUAACUACCUCCCGCCUCACCCUCAAGGCGAAACUGAUGCAUCCCUUGAAAAGGAGAGAGUAGAGCUUCUCUAUGAGUACAAGAAGAGAGACAACAACAGAGUCAUUAAUGAAAUGAUGUCAAAAACCUUCUCAUUGCGUCGUAAAGAUGUGAUCCAGAAACUACCUGUUGCCUUCUUCCAGUUGUUGAAACCACUCUCAAAAACGGACUCUGGGCUAUUGGGAGGGCUAAAAUGUCGACAGGCAUAA